AUGGCAGGCGAACAAUAUGAGAUCUUCUUCAAAGAGAAAGGGUAUCCUGGGGUUGCGAAUUACGUCUUCAUCUCGAAAUCUGCGAAGGUUGCCGCGCUCAAACGUCAAAUCCAAUCAUCACGAUCUCGUUUCAAGCAUAUACUCUUGUCUGAUGUCAAACUGUUUCAAGUAGAUGUACCGAAUACAGGAAAUAUAGACCAGGAAAUCGAGGCAAAAAUGAACAACUCGGAGCCACCGCUCCAGUCGCUCAACCCAACCCGUCCCAUUACCCACUACUACCCAUCAAACCCUGCUGAGGGAACAAUACAUAUUGCUGUUGUGUAUCCAGAACUCUCCCAGGUCGCAGCCAACCGUGCGCAUGAUUUAUCGGCCAAUUAUCAAUCAAAUAUCUCGCCUAGAGUGAGAUUGAGCACUGCUCAAAGGCAAAUCACAGACUUUUUGGACGGAAUUCGUGCCGAAAUAAAAAUCUUUUUGCAGUCCGUGCCGCAUUUUGAUUUUUGGGCCCCGCCCGAUCAUGUCGAACCCGAAAUCCGAAUUUUCUAUGAAAAGCUGAAGAUACCAAUGGUAAAUGGCAAACCAAGCUUAUUGCUGCACAAUCUCGGCACCCAUCAUAAGCUGACAAAGGACGUGUUUACAAAGCCCAAAGUUGUUCUAUGCAAUGCCUCUGGAUCUGGGAAGACACGAGUACUCUUCGAUGGACUUUCGACCCGUUGGGGAUUUUAUCUCGCCGUCGAACCAACCUUGGAUGAGAUUGGAUCCACAGACGUUAUGUACACAAUGGAACAUGUAGCAGGGAAACCAGGAUGGAGAGGGAACGUUUUUGAUGGCGUACUUAGACCUAGUGUCAGAAUUUCCCGAAGUCAGGCCAACGAGCGUAUUGUACAGCUGGGCCUAUCUCGUAUUCUACUCGCCAGAUGGAGCAUUCUCAAGAUCUUCAUCGAGGUCGCCAAGGACCAUUUUGGCUCGCUACCCCCGGACAUCCAAAGGAGUUGGCUCCUGUUCCAAAUUCUCUCCCCAACUCGAGAUAUUUUCCCGAAAUUUAUUGAAGAGUGUCUUAGGGGGGUCGACACACUUGAGGAAAACUCUCUUUGGCCUGUCGAUGUCCUCGAUGACAGAAAAACUCCAUUCUAUUAUGUCUUGGACGAAGUACAAAUCGCUGGAGCAGCCCUUCUGGGAUCUUUUUCAAACUCUACCGGUUUGAAGGAAAGAACUCUCCUUCGACCUCUCAUCCAACAGCUUACUGCCACCCAACCAAGACGUGCGAUAGACAAUGCCCCUCAUGUUAUUAUAUCUGGUACCGGGUUCUCACUCCACGACAUCGAGACAACGGUCAGGUCCGCGGUUGCAGUGCCCUCUGAAUGGCAUAUUCAUCAUUUGAUGGAAGACCUCUCGGAUCAAAAGGACCAGGAGGCAUACAUACGGCAGUAUCUCCCAGAGAGUUUUCUCACCUCGAGUGUUGGACGCGAAUUGAUGAAACUGAUGUGGGAAUCGUGUCGGGGAAGACACCGAUUUACAGCUACACUGAUUCAGCUACUACUCCUCGGCCAGUGGCUCUUACAUGGUCCAGCUUCUCCACUCUCAAUCUUGAAACGGUACAUCCAGGCACUUACUGGGUGUGACCCGCUCAAUUAUAAUCAGCAAUUGCUCUCACAGGAGCCUUAUGUCGAACCAAUUAUGAUCAAGUCAUUCAAUUGGGACAAACUAGAUGGAGGCAUGUUACGAUACUCAUCUACCAUUAAAUGGCUCACGCUUGGGAAACCAUUAAUCAUGGACGAUGACAAAAAGCCGCUUGUCGAGUGUGGGCUUGGAAGGUUCAUCUCUACAAAGCAGAUAGAUGACUCCCAGCGAUUGGUUAGCAUUGGAGAACCGUUGGCAUUGGUCAGCAUCUGUCGACAUAUCAUGGAUGGUCCAUCACUUUCAUCACUCAUACGUAUUCAUCUUGAACUUAACCCUGGCAAGGGAUUCGAAGUACUUGUGAUGGUGGCCCUGACCCAACUUCUGCAAAACCAAUUCUCCAUGGAAAAUCUCUUCGACUUCCAUCAAGAACGGCCACAAUGGUCUUCCUUGACGGCGCAGAUCCUUUUACAAACAGCAGGCGUCCAUACCGACUAUGACAGCAUCUUACAUGAUCGCAUCUUCAAUGACCAAGGGCUACCAUUUGAAGCCAAGACCCCGGAGGACGUCAUCAAUUGGCUCACAAUGGAUACCUCACCUGCCUGGUGUAUACCAGAUCAGAGUAUGGGGCCUGAUUUGAUGACCCGAGUCAAGCUCAGCAAUGGUGGUACCAUUUUGAUUGCCAUCCAAGCAAAAUGUUGGGGGAUUGGAGGCUCAGACAAAGCUAUGCUUUCCAAAGACACGACCGAACAUGCAAUCUGGUCAGUGACGCCGUCAGAGUGGUUCUCUAAUAAAUUCAAAUAUGAAGCCGGCAACACUGAAGGAAAAACUAAGCAAAUCACUGCAAUGCUCUUGGAGGUUGAAAAGCAUGAGAUGCUUCGAGUUGUUGCGGCCCUUCCGUUGGUUCCCAACCUGGAACCAAAGAAUCAGGCAGUCAACGCUGCGAUUUCGGCACACAAAAGCCCUCUUGCGACGAUAGGGAUAGAUACUAUUGCCGCCGCUUUUUCUCAAAUCUCAAAUGGGCAGGACGUGUAA